UUAGUCAAUGUCCGUACAUUUAAAAUAUCAGCGUAAUCUUUGUUUUUUCUUUUUCAUUUAACUGCAAUCAUGUUGUUACUUUCCAUAACUUGAAAUGUUAUUAUAAAUCUUAAAAAGUGGAGAAGAUAAUUUUAUCUAUUACGAUGACAUGUAUGAACUAAUAAUGUUUACAUGUUAUAUCUAUAAUAAAUAAUUGAACGCAUUCAAUGGUCCAUGCGAUAAUUUUGAUAAAUUCAGAUAAUCAUUUUUAUCAGUUUACGUGAACUAUAAAUACGCUUUUCCGUUAAAAGCUCCAGUUUCCACAGGCAAACCACUUACAUAACCUCAAUAAAGAUUCUUGUUUUUAAAAGCUUAAAUAGCACCCAAGUAAAUUGUAAAGAAAUGUCUUCAAAAAUUGUUACUGUUGGUUCAUGCAUGAUUGAUUUCACUUGCUUUUCUCCUCGUUUGCCAAAAUCUGGUGAAACAAUAAUUGGUAAUAGAUACGAAAUAAAGUAUGGUGGAAAAGGUGCUAAUCAAUGUAUAGCUGCUAGUAAACUUGGUGCUGCUACAGCAAUCAUUGCUUCUUUAGGUUCUGAUAUUUAUGGUCAAGAGUAUUUAAAAAUAUUUAAGGAAGAAAACAUAGAUGCUUAUGUUCAAAUACAACCAAACCAUCACAGUGGAAUAGCACACAUUACUGUUGCAGAGAAUGGCGAAAACAGCAUAGUAAUUGUAUUAGGAUCAAACGCGUUGAUGACUAUCAACCAUGUGGACUCAGCGACCAACGUGAUUGAGAAUGCUGCCGUUUUAUUAUGCCAAUUCGAAAUACCCUUAGAAAUCACUCUACACGCUUUGAAGAUUUUCAAAGGCCACGGUCUGUCGAUUGUGAAUGGGGCACCCGCCACUAAAGAUGUCCACCCAGACUUAUGGAAACUCUGUGACAUAUUUUGCGUUAACGAGACGGAGAUGGAAGUUAUAACUGGAGUGCAGCCACAGGGAUCAUCAAGUAUACAGCAGGCUAUUGUAAAAUUGUUGGAUAAGGGUUGUAACACAGUGAUUAUUACUCUUGGAGAACAGGGAGCUGUGUACGCGUCUCAGGAAGACAGAACUAUUAAAAAAGUCGGUACUGCUCGCGUUCAACCUGUGGAUACAACGGGAGCUGGAGAUGCAUUUCUGGGUGCUUUUGCAUAUUUUAAAGCUUAUCACCCAACGCUUUCGAUGGGCGAGUGCGUCCGAAGAGCUUGCGUCGUUGCCACGGAAUCUGUGUUGAAAUUUGGCACACACGCGAGUUUUCCGAACAGGAGCAGUCUGUCACCGGAUCUAUUCGCUUGAAUUAAUAAAAAUCUUGUACAUUCUAUAAAAAUGAUACAUUCUUAUAAUUUCUGUUAUGUUAAAUUUUAAUAAUGAGAAAAUACUGUUACUAUAAAUAAACAAAAUAAGAAAGAGCGGUGAUUUAUUUUGUGUCGAAU